AAAGAAAAGGAAUAAAAAACAUCACAUGUAAAUCUAUAGAUUUAUAUAAAUAGGAAGACAAAUGUUGAAGAUUUUGAGUUGGAAUUGGACCUUCGAUUCAAUGGCUUGGAGAGGAUUGGUGAACACAAUUUUGAUACUCCAUUUUGUAUUGUUUUGUCAACUUCUGCUUCUUCAGCCUCUCGUUUCUGCUUUGGAUGGAAAGUCAGGAAAUGCUGCUGAGAUAUUUGAGAGAGUUUCACAGAGUAUUAAACUGAAGCGUUACAAUGAGGCACUCGAUGAUCUUAAUGCUGCCAUUGCGGCAGAUCCUGCACUUUCCGAAGCAUAUUUUCGCCGUGCAUCCAUCCUGCGUCAGCUAUGCCGAUAUGAGGAAUCGGAGAAAAGCUACAAAAAGUUCCUGGAAUUAAAACCGGGAAAUUCAGUCACUGAGAAAGAACUUUCUCAAUUGCAUCAGGCUCAAAGUGCUUUGGAAACAGCUUUCAGUCUCUUUGACUCUGGAGACUUUACAAAAGGUUUGGAAUACCUGGACAAAGUUGUGCUAGUUUUUUCGCCCGCAUGCUCAAAGGCUAAGAUCCUCAAGGUGAAGUUGUUGUUAGCAGCUAAAGACUAUUCUAGUGUAAUAUCAGAAACCGGGUUUAUUCUCAAGGAAGAUGAAAACAAUCUUGAGGCCUUGCUCCUUCGUGGUCGAGCAUAUUACUAUUUAGCAGAUCAUGAUGUUGCUCAAAGGCAUUACCAGAAAGGUCUACGCCUUGAUCCCGAGCACAGCGAACUGAAGAAAGCAUAUUUUGGAUUGAAAAAUUUAUUGAAGAAGACUAAAAGUGCGGAAGAUAACUUGAACAAGGGCAAGUUGCACCUUGCAGUCGAGGACUAUAAAGCCACACUUUCUUUGGAUCCAGAUCAUCUUGCUCAUAAUGUGCAUCUUCACCUUGGAUUAUGUAAGGUCUUGGUUAAACUUGGCAGAGGGAAGGAUGCUUUAAGUAGUUGCUCUGAGGCGCUUAACAUUGAUGAGGAACUUCUUGAAGCUUUAGUACAGAGGGGAGAGGCUAAACUUCUAACAGAGGAUUGGGAUGGUGCUGUGGAGGAUCUGAAAUCGGCGGCUCAAAAAUCUCCUCAGGAUAUGAAUAUCCGUGAAGCACUUGCGAGAGCUGAGAAAGCUUUGAAGAUGAGCAAACGGAAAGACUGGUACAAAAUUCUGGGAGUUUCAAAGACUGCUUCGGUUGCGGAAAUAAAAAGAGCAUACAAAAAGCUUGCUCUGCAAUGGCACCCGGAUAAGAAUGUUGAUAAUAGGGAAGAAGCUGAGGCUCAAUUCCGAGAAAUUGCUGCUGCAUAUGAGGUUCUUGGGGAUGACGAAAAGAGAGCAAGGUAUGACAGAGGAGAAGAUAUCGAAGACAUGGGAAUGGGAGGUGGCGGUUUCAAUCCGUUUGGUGGUGGUGGUGGACAACAUUUCACGUUUACGUUCGACGGAGGCUUUGGCGGAGGUUUCCACUUUUGAUACCUUCACCACUAUGACUUUGCCUGACGUGUUUUCUUCAGCAUCUAACUUGUACACCACCAAAAUUUAGCUAUCCUUUGGCUUCAUUAAUUCGUUUUAAAAUUUGUAGCAGUUGAUGAUAGCUAAUUGAAGUGAUUUGAUU